GUCUCAGAAACUGAAAGACUUUCAUAUGUGGGGAAUAACUUCGGCAGUGGAGUUAUGACAUGUAACUCCCUAUGCAGGUAUUUUGUUGGUGUGUUAAACAAGGACUCUGGGCAAAUGGAAGUCUAUAAUGCUGAAAUAUUCAACAUGCAGCCCUUGCUGUCAGAUAACUUAAUACCUGAUGACACGAAGGAUUAUCAGAAUAAAUCCUACAGGGAGAAGAUGGAUUUGUGCAUUGAGGCCUUUGGUACCAGCAAGCAGAAGCGAGCUCUGAAUUCUCGGCGAAUGAAUGCAGUGGGCAAUGACAUUCUGAAUACAGCUGUGACAAAAGCAGCAGCAAACAUUAUAGAUGCAAAGGGAGUAACAGCUUUGAUCCAGGAUGUGGCCCAAGAUGAUGUACAGAACAUCUCCAUCUUCCUCCCGCCGUGUAAUGAAGAUGCUGACAAACCAGAAAAUGUUUACAAGUUUGAGGACAUUCUGUCCCCAGCAGAGUAUGAAGCAUUGCAGGUUCCAGCAGCAAUCUUUGUUAACAUCACUCCGGAAGAAAUUACCAAGAAAACAGAAGAUAAAAGCCAUUGCUCCUAUGUCUUAGAGGAGUUGAAGUUCCUGCCUGCCGAUGAGAAGAGCAGAGAUCACAAAGCCCGAUGCCUCUGGUUCCUGGACACCCUUAUUAAGUUCAGCUACCUGAAAGUGAUCAAGAAGAAGCAUCCAAUGGGUCCUGAAUGCCCACACGUUAUUAGCAGGAAACUCAUGAAGAAUUUCACUUCGCUGACCUACAACAAUGGCAGUGUCCAGAAUUUGAUCUCUGCGUCAAUGAAGGCUAAAAUCACAGCGUAUGUCAUUGCAUUGGCUCUGCACAUUAACAACUUCCAAACAGACCUCACCAUCCUGCAGAAUGACCUGAAGCUCCAAGAAAGCAG